AUGAAACGCAAUAUGUUCGAUGAAAUCAUACAAAACGAUGUCCCAGGGCCCAACGCUAAUGCAUCCAAAGCGAAGAAGCUUCGAUCUUUUCAACUAGGCUCACCCUUUGUGGUAGAAGGCUCGCGCAAUGCAUCUGCACCACGCCUUAUCAAUAUAUUUGCCGCCGUGGUCUGCACAGAUGUUGUCUUUGCUCUUGUGGAUUUUGCUCGCUUAAUCACUCUUCGUGUAAUAAGUAUAGAGCGCCAUUGGGAAGCUGAUGAUUUUCAGCCAGUGUCAGCGGUGUGGGCAUUGAUGUGGGGCUCUGGUCAUGGUCCUGAUUGGAUCGACGAACCUGAAUCUGCUAAAGUUGUAGCGCAUUCUUGGAGGUCGAAGGUGCUAUCCAAUGAUCGCUUUGGAUGCGUGCCAAUGGUCAAGCAGCUAUCCAAGGACUUCAUCCUUGCACUCCAGCGAGAGAUAUAUUGGGCCUCCAAAUCAUUUCUCAACCUUGUAGCUGGAGUUCCUAAUUUUGAUAACCCACUGACGUUCAAUGACAAGUCAAAUAGAAACUAUUUUGCUCAUUUUGUCUGGGUCUAUCGCCGCCAGGCUGUCCGCAUUCCAAAGAAUCUUAAUGACAGGAUGGCAAGGGCUGGUCUGUUUGACCCUCAGCAUACAAUUGGUCAAGACUACAAUCAUGAUCCAGAUCCAGCACUACUGACCGAUACAAGAUACCGUCGUAAGGAACAGCCUGUACUAAUGUAUAAACAAGGUCAAUUCUGUGUUUACACUCCCAUCCUUGCGAAGCCCCCAUCACAUUGGCGUUUUCAACCGGACUACUCUGGGGUUCUUGCAGAUGAUGCUCAGCACGCAGGAUAUAAGACUACACUGGGUUCUGCUCAGUUCCACAAUCAAGUACAAAAUAAAAUAGAUCCAAAUGUCAAAGGAAAGCCUGGUAGACCAAAGAAGGAAAAAACAGGCAGGCGCGGCCGACCAGCGAAGCCGCCUCAGACUGCUAUAUUGCGCCAAAAGACCUACACGGGAGCCCACCGAUGUGAGCGACUUUUAAAAGCAACCAACACUUCGUCGCAGGUCAAAAAUGAAGACAUGAGUGAAAAACUUCCCACUGCGGGGAUCAGCAGCCCUAGUGGUGUCGCUGUUGGGCGGGAGCAGGAUGGAAAAUGGCCGCUUUCCCUUCAAGACCAAGUUUUGUUAACUCUUGAGGCAUCUCAGGGGAACAUGAACUUGAAGGGGAUCAAAGCCGAGCCCCUGGAAUAUGAAGCCUAUCAUCACGGAGCCCAUGACUCAGGAAGACUAAUCAAGCGUCGACGCAGAGUGUAG